AUGGAUUUGGUAAAUUAAGCAUUUAAAUAGUUAUACAUUCAAGAUGAAUGUUAUGAAAAUAUUAAAGAUAAAGUAGAUUAAUUCCCUUAUGAUGAAGUAUAUAGUCUAAUGGAAUUCUAUGUUUAAAAUUAUUUAGAUGUAAUAAUUUGUAAGCAUUUAGAGAGUACAAAACAAUUUAUACUCAUAUAGUUAUAAUGAUCAUGAUUCUGCAAAAUUUUAUAUGGAGUAAGUUAAUAGUCAUUGGAUGAGAAUUUAAAAUAUCGCAUUAGAUUAGGAAAGUAUUAUCAAAUGAGCAAUAGUUUUAAGGUAUUAUUAAUAAUAAUAUAUUAGAUACUAGAAUACCAUAGACUAAAAUUUUAAGAUAGAAUAUUUUAAGAUAAUUAGAUAAAUUUAGCAUUAAGAGAUAUAUGUAGAAUCUAUAAAUUUAAUCAAUCAAUUGAACCUUACUUUUGUUCUCCAAUAUUUUAAUACUUUAAACCAAAAAUUACAAACCCACUAAGACUUGAUGACUAAUUGGCUUACUUAUAGUUAAUGUGAAUAAGGAAUAGAUGAAAUUGAGGAUUUUGAAAAAAGAUUAGAAUGUGCAAUGACAAAUCUCCCUGAUUAUGAAAAAUAAUAACCAAAAUUACCUUCAAAUUGGGAAAAAAAUAUAAUUAAUCUAAUGAAGAAAAAAAAGAAAAAAUUAUGA